UUAUAAUUUCUUAACACACUGUACCCUAUAUCGAACGAAUAUUUGUGAUGACCCUUGACCGUUUUGUACCUUUCUUUUUUAUAGUUUCCCUUUGAAAAAAUAUCGAACGAGACUAUUACCGAAUCACCUCGUUCAACACCUCGUAACUCCAAAAUAUAUUUUUAAUAAAAUUUCUAGAUAAUUCAUUCACCGCUGAAUAAAUGGAUGCGCGUGGCAAAGGAAUAUACUAAACCAUCAAUUUAUCCAGUUUAUUUAGUUCCUGGACAAUAUACUGAUUACUACAAAAAGUUUACUUCAACAGAAUUGCGUUCUUUACCUUUCAAUACUGUUUUAAAUACGAGACGAUUAUUUCCACCCAAACGGGAUUUAUCACCACCAUCAAUUAAAUUAACGGAAGAAGAACUGUCUGGACCUAAAGAAACAACAGAAUCAACAAUUUUGGAUCAAAAAGACGCCAAAGAAGAUUUUAAAAAUACAAUAAUGGCAAGAGAAUGUGAUUCUCCAAAAAGUUUGCAGAGGCCUUUGCCUCCAAAAAUGCGUAAAAUUGGAGGGGACAACGGAUUUGCUUCUAAAAAGAAUUCAACUUUCUCUUCUUUUCCUCGUCCUCUACAAAUUACUUCAGCCUCUUCCUCAUUUUCCUCGAAUAUUCCUAUUGCUUCAGUCAAACUUUCAACACCCAAUUGCUCAAUCUGUCAGCUUCCAGAUGCUGGGUUAUUCCAAGGGAAAUCUGCUAUGGUUAGAUGUUCAUCCUGCCAACAACGAAUGCAUUCUUCUUGUAUUGAUAUGCCUCAAUCAAUGGUGGAUAUGAUUAGGCAAUAUGAUUGGCUUUGUAUAGAUUGUAAACGAUGCUAUGUCUGUCAACAACCUGACCAGGAAGCUGCCAUGAUGUGUUGUGAUUUGUGUGACCGUGGUUAUCAUACAUUCUGUAUUGGACUCGAUCAACCGCCUAAUGGUACUUGGCAUUGUCCGAAAUGCAAAGAAUCUAACCAUAACUCAUCAACGACUAUUGAAAUUAAAUCUGAAGUUAAUUUGAGUCAAAAAUGGAAUUUUACAAAUCAAAUGGCUUCGGGCAGUGAUCCACAUGCAAAUCAACCCAACGUCUCAACUCAAAUAAAAAUUGAAAAGAAGCCUAAAAUUGAGCGGAAGAGAGGAAGACCGAGGAAGAAAGUAUCCGAAGAUGUUCCAGCAGGUGAAUAAAAUAUCGAUUAAAUCCCAUAUUUUAGGCCCUUCCAAGGUAACUUUUGGGGAAUUUUAAUUAAAUUUGUAUUUGAAGACGUUAAAAUUAUUUUGAUUUUUUUAAAUUAAAAUUCUCCAAGUAUGCCUUGUGAAAAGGUUUUAUUUGUCUAAUUUACCUAUAAAAUUAAGAAAAAGUUUAAGAAACUCGGCAAUCCAAAUAUUAAUUAUUUUGUAAAUUAUAAGAGAAAUCCCUAAAAAUGAUUAAAUUAUUUUUGGAACACUUUUCAUUAUUGUAACAAAACGAAUAUAAUUUUGGGGUUGUUCCUCGACGGGAAUCAUGGGGAAUAUUUUCGGAGCGCCAUGAUUGGAGGGGGGGGGGACGGGGAACAACCCUGGUAUUUUUAGCGUAUUUUUGGAAAAAAUUUAAAAUCAAUUAAAUAUUUUGGAUCGGUAUAUUUUUAUAUCAUUAAACAAAAAAUACCAAUUUGUUUAAUUUAUUCAAGCAAAUCGAAAUUAAAAAAUCGCUAAAUUGUUUAUUUCUAAAUAUUUUGUUUUUUACAAUUUUAGUGAAAAAAUGUUUAAUAAAAGAAAUACAAAAAACACUGAGUUUUUAUUUUGAGUUAGUUAACAGAAUAUUUUUUGGGUAAAAAUAAAGUUUGUUUCCCUCUCCCCUCUUUACCAAAGUUUGAAAAUUUUGAUCUUCGUCGCUUUAAUUAGCUACGAAUUAAAAAACUAAGGAAAAUUGAAUUUUGUUAUUUUUCACACCUUGGUUGAUAUGGCAGUCAAAUAAAAAAAUCGAGAAUGAUUGGGAGAAUACAAGGAUAAUACAAACUUUACUUUUACUAAUUUUUUG